AUGAAAAAAACAAAAAAACACCAAACAAAUUUCCCUAGGAAAUACACUUCUUCUGCUCAAGCAGCUGCAAGAGAUGAUAGGAUGAUAUCGUCUCUUGCAGCUGCUUGGGCAGAACAAUCUCCUCAUAUCUACAUAUCUAUUUUUCUUUCUAUCAUAACUAUGAUAUCUAUGUAUCUCAGCCUGCUCAUCUACAUAUGUAUAUUUUUAACACAUUAUAUUCUUAUCUACAUAUCUAUGUAUAUAUCUGGUCUAUCUAUCUAUUUAUCUAUCUAUCUAAUUGAGUUUCUUCAUUAUGUUUCUAUCUAUAACAGUCUGUUCAUUUCUAUUUGGAUAAAUCUGUAUGCUCAUAUCUGUCUGUCUAUUGUAGUAUGUUCAUAUCUAUCUAUCUAUUGUAGUAUGUUCAUAACUAUCCAUCUAUCUAUCUAUCUAUCUAUCUAUCUAUCUAUCUAUCACAAUAUGCUCAUAUCUAUCUACCUAACUAUCUAUUGCAUAUGCUCAUAUCUAUCUAUCUAUCUAUCUAUCUAUCUAUUGCAGUAUGCUCAUAACUAUCUCUCUACCUAUCUAUUGCAUUAUGCUCAUAUCUUUCAAUUUAUCUAUCUAUUGCAGUAUGCUCAUAUCUAUCUCUCUAUCUAUCUAUCUAUCUAUCUACUGCAUAUACUCAUCUAUCUAUCUAUCUAUCUAUCUAUCUAUCUAUCUAUCUAUCUAUCUAUCUCCUCAAAUAAUCCUCAAAGGAACAUUAUGAUGAAUGAUUAA